AUGUCUUUCCCAUUUCCCCUCCUCCGUCUUCCUCGAUUGGUCCUGUAUGAGGUAUUCAAAUUAUUGAGUAUCGGUGAGAAAGUCAAGCUCUCCCUCUGCACCAAGAAAAUCUCCACUCAAAUCAAUAAUUGUCGUUUGUAUUCUCAAAAAGUUAUGGUCAGUCUGGACAUGUUAUAUCAAGGAAUCAGAGUGUAUUCUGAAAAUAACAAUGAUAGAUUUGGAAUUUUCAACCGUUACAACAGCGCAACCAUCAACAAUCCGGAUAUGCAACAGUAUCAAAUUGAAGGGCGUACUGUACCUGUGAUCUCUUUCCCCAGAAGAAUCGAAACGUUCUGGAAGAAUCAUCAAGAAGGAUUUCUAUCUGUCAUUCAACAUAUAUUGAAGCUGUUUCAAUGCAAGAUUUCAACUAGUGAUGGUUGUCAUGGUAGUUAUUUUUUUCAACCAACAAUUUUGAAGUUGUUUGAUCUACAGCUGGAAUUCAAGAAGCUUACUAUUCGCCUCAAUGGAUUAAAGUAUCAAAACGUGUUGUGGAAACAGAUAUCCAACAAACUUGGACUGGUUAAAGAUCUUAAAAUCAUAUCCGCUGCUUAUCCUGGUUUCACACCUGUGUUCACUUCAUGGCCACAGAAAAUAAGCAUUAGAAGUUCCGAUUGGUUUACUGUGGAAACUCUAUUGACCUGUCCAUGUUUUUUUAUUAAUCUCAAUGGUUCUCUUUCGAGACACAAUGAUUUGGAUGCAAUACUUAGAAAGUGGAAGACUGGAGGAUUUCCGAAUCUAGAGCGUCUGGAGAUCCGUAGUCAAAAUUAUACAAAUGAUGGAGCGAUGAUUCUGGGAAUGAAUUUGAUGGAAUUGAGGGGACAGGUUAUCCAAACUGAUGAUGGAUCAAAGAAGGCAACUUUUAGAGCUGACUCCCGGAGUAUUGAAAUUUGUGUUAUCUAUAAAGAGUAUCGAUCUAUACUGGUACUGCCACACAGUCGACCAUUCCCAUAG